GGAAUGCCUUAUAUCACGUCCACAACGGGGAGGACGUUGUGCUCCUCACCACCUGCAAACAUGGCAAAGACUGGCAAAAGCACAAGGAUUCUCGCUGUGACAGAGACAACACCGAGUAUGAGAAGUAUGAUUAUCGAGAAAUGUUGCACAAUGCCACUUUCUGUCUGGUUCCUCGUGGUCGCAGGCUUGGUUCCUUCAGAUUCCUGGAGGCUUUGCAGGCUGCCUGCGUCCCUGUGAUGCUCAGCAAUGGAUGGGAGUUGCCAUUCUCUGAAGUGAUUAAUUGGAACCAAGCUGCCGUCAUAGGCGAUGAGAGAUUGUUAUUACAGAUUCCUUCUACAAUCAGGUCUAUUCAUCAGGAUAAAAUCCUAGCACUUAGACAGCAGACACAAUUCUUGUGGGAGGCUUAUUUUUCUUCAGUUGAGAAGAUUGUAUUAACUACACUAGAGAUUAUUCAGGACAGAAUAUUCAAGCACAUAUCACGUAACAGCUUAAUAUGGAACAAACAUCCUGGAGGAUUGUUCGUACUACCACAGUAUUCAUCUUAUCUGGGAGAUUUUCCUUACUACUAUGCUAAUUUAGGUUUAAAGCCCCCCUCCAAAUUCACUGCAGUCAUCCAUGCGGUGACACCCCUGGUCUCCCAGUCCCAGCCAGUGUUGAAGCUUCUCGUGGCUGCAGCCAGAUCCCAGUACUGUGCCCAGAUCAUAGUUCUAUGGAAUUGUGACAAGCCCCUACCAGCCAAACACCGCUGGCCUGCCACUGCUGUGCCUGUCAUCGUCAUUGAAGGAGAAAGCAAGGUGAUGAGCAGCCGAUUUCUGCCCUAUGACAAUAUUGUCACAGAUGCUGUGCUCAGCCUUGACGAAGACACUGUGCUUUCAACAACGGAGGUGGAUUUUGCCUUCACAGUGUGGCAGAGCUUCCCCGAGAGGAUUGUGGGGUACCCUGCGCGUAGCCAUUUCUGGGAUAACUCCAAGGAGCGGUGGGGGUACACGUCCAAGUGGACCAACGACUACUCCAUGGUGUUGACCGGAGCUGCUAUUUACCACAAAUAUUAUCACUACCUGUACACCCAUUACCUGCCAGCCAGCCUGAAGAACAUGGUGGACCAACUGGCCAAUUGUGAGGACAUUCUCAUGAACUUUCUGGUGUCUGCUGUGACUAAAUUGCCUCCAAUCAAAGUGACCCAGAAGAAGCAGUAUAAGGAGACAAUGAUGGGACAGACUUCUCGGGCUUCGCGUUGGGCUGACCCCGACCACUUUGCCCAGCGACAGAGCUGCAUGAAUACGUUUGCCAGCUGGUUUGGCUACAUGCCGCUGAUUCACUCUCAGAUGAGGCUCGACCCCGUCCUCUUUAAAGACCAGGUCUCUAUUCUAAGGAAGAAAUACCGAGACAUUGAGCGACUUUGAGGAAUCUGGCCGAGUGGGGGAGGGGAAGCAAGAAGAGACACAGGGAUCAAGCCGCUCUCUCUUCCCAGUGCAGAUUCGUGCAUCAGCGGAGCCAGAUUGUGCCAAGUAUCCAAAUAAACUUAGAUGAACAGAAUGACAAACACAGGCCAAUGAGAACUCAACUCCUGGCUCCUGGGACUGCACCGGACUGCUCCAAACUCACCUCACUUCUGUGUCCCAAGACUAGGUUGUGUACAGUUUAAUUAUGGAACAUUAAAUAAUUAUUUUUGAAAUGAUUGCUAUGCAGGUUUAAACUUUUUUAAUGAUCAAAACUAUUAAAAACCAGAGUUCUUUCUUUAAUCAAAA